AUGGGUGCAGAUGACUCCGAUAUUCAUGGCAUUGUGCCAUCCGCACCAAAAGCAACAUUUGAUUCAGUGUUACUUGUAAAUAAUACUUACACUAUGACUAACUUUUGGCCAUUACCUAAUGGUUUAAUGUUCAAAACUUCAGAACAUCAGUUUAUCAUUAGAUUUACAGCUGGAACUUCUCUGUCUGAUAUAAACAAACAUGAAAUUGGUGGAAAAAAGCUCAACUUCAAACCAUUUGUUGAUAUUAUUACUGGAAAAUGGAAGAAGGAUUUGUUAAUAGGGAAAUAUCUGAUUUCGGUGUCGAAUGCCUACAACAUCAAGAAUCUCGUCAUUAACGAGGAGGUGCCUGAAAUUGUUGAUUUUCGAAGAAGGAUACCUAAGGACUACGAUAUUAGUAGUUCAAGUCAACUUAUUAGUACACAAUUUAAUAUGUGGUCACAAAACUUUUAUGGUUCUCAACUCACAUCUUUUGGUAAGUUCAUGUCACAAGCUACGGCUCUUAGUCUGGGGGAUAUAGUAAAACUUCCUGAUGCAAGUAUAUUUAUGGCAUGCCACAAAUGUCCAAAAGUAGCUAAAGGUAGUUUUCCACCUUAUAUAUGUGUUGAUAACCAUUCCACAAAAAUAGAAAUAUUAAGGUACAAAAUCGAUAUUGAAGUAGUUGAUAAUGGUAGUAAUGCGAUUUUCGUGUUUUGGGACCUUGAAUGUACUGAAUUGUUGGAGAUGUUCGUUGCUCAACUUCGUCAAACCAUGGUUGAGGAUGGUAUUCAUGAUCCACUGGAGUUUCCAUCGGUCCUUCAUCAUUUGCUUGGAUAUGAAUUUGCGUUUAAAGUAAAAUGGCAUCCAAAGUGGAAAAAUGGUAGAUGUUGGAAAUCAAGGAAGAAAGAACUUAGUUUGAUUGAUGAAGAACUACAAAAUUUGACUUUAGUUGAAAUUGAAAAGAUUUUGCAAGCUAAUCUUCGUACUUUGAAGGAUUUAUGUCCUAUUCCAUAUCCAAAUGGUUAUGUUUUGGAACAACUUAGUAAUUGCUUGAUUUACGAUGAAUGGAAUUAUGACGUUUCUGCACUUAAAUCAGAAUUUGUUAUGUUGUAUGCACCAUUCACAAAGUUGUUACUUUAUAUUAUAGAUAAAUACAUAGUCUGA